UACUAGUUCAAACUGCUAUGGUGUUAGGAAAUAAAUUCUGAAGGUAACCAAUGACCAAGCCUCAAAAAGACAGCUUUUCAUCCAGUGCUGGGGAAUCAUUGUGCUGCUGCGAGUAUCAAAACAUGCAUGGUGAAAAAAGCCACGUUCUUGCCUCAUGUUGUGAUUGUGAGGCGUUGGAUGAAACAUUUGAUAGAAUCUUCAAAUGUGAGAAAGUACCAGACUCCACCAUAGACCGCCUCAUCAACACCAUAUCAGACAGAUGUCGGAUCCCAUCUUGCUUCGGGGGCGGAGCCGUGCAGCUCAGGCCUGAUGUUGUGGCACCAGUUUUAAUAGUCCCGACAUGUCUCUGCCUUGCGACCCUCCAUCCUGUAAUGACGGUGGUGGUGUUCCUGUUCAUGCCCUUGUUUGUCUUAACCUUCCAUGCCCUCUGGCGCAGGCAGAAGAAAAAUCGCAGGACCUAUUUCUUUUACUACUGGGGAAUAACUUCUGUGAUAAGCUGUUACUGUGUUUUUCAGUUUUUUGUUGUGGCGUUUAGAGAAGUCCUCCUGUGGGAGAUCCUGACGGUGUUCACCUGCAUGAUGGUCAUGUUCUACUUCCUACACCUGACAAAACAAGACCCUGACAGUUUGCUUGUGGAGUACAAGUCACGUCCCAGCCAUAAGAGGACAGCAUCAAAUGACCUGUUGCUUGGGUCAGCUCACCUCUAUGACCAGGUCAAUGAUGCCAGCCUGCCACAAGGAACAGAUGAGGGAGAUUUGACCGUUGUCUCAGUUGAUAGUAGCAAGCAGCGGUCUACUGGUAACCCAGACCUACCAGCAAGGGCAGGCUACUGUAAAAUAUGUGAAGCCUACAUUGCAGUAAGAGAUCAUCAUUGCAUUUGGAUUGACAGUUGUGUUGGUGGCCCAAAUCACCGUUCAUUUCUCUUGGCCAUGAUUAUGUUCGUGUUCACUGGGCUGUACGCUGCACAUCUUACGUUCACAACAAUAUGUACCCCCAAGAUGUACUACGAUUGGUUCCUUUUGCCCAAUGACUGCCGGUGGCUUUAUGUUGAUUUUCUGACUGCCAUCUGUUUUGUAACCGCUGUCUACUGCGUGAUUGUGUCUUCCCUGAUGUGUCUUGGCCUGACGUACCAGUUCAUCUUGAUCAGCCAGAACGUCACGUCCCACGAGCUUGUCCAUUCCCACCGACAGGGCCUGACCAGGUGUGGCCUUUACGCGAGGGACAACCCCUACAACAAGGGCUUCUUGAGGAACUGGAUGGAGUUUUGGUUCCUGUCCUCACGGGCUGCAGAUUCAAGGGUUUCAUAAGUACAAUACGUUAUGAGUUCUAAGAUUUGCGUUGUUUCUAUAAGAUAAUGAGAUUAAAUUUGUGCUGUCAAGUGUAGCAGUAAUAACUUUUUAAGUAGUAAGUAAAUUUUUUGCGCUUCAAAAUUUUUGGACUAUAAGUGUAAGAAAUUAUUGCUAAAAUUAACAUUUCCUUUGCUUUAUUAUAAUCUCUUGAAUUUAACUGAUCAGGAAUAAGUGUUGGUGCAACAGUUUAAAUAUUUUUUACAUAUUUAUAAAAUUGUGCUUUAAUAUUUUUCUAAUGGUUCCUGACAUAAGAUUUUUGUAAUCAAAGUUUUAGUGCUGCACUAUGUUGUAAUUGUUUUGUAGCCUGAUCUAAACCAAGUCCUAAAUUUUGAUUUAAAAAAUUUUUCAGCAUAACAGCAGAGGAUAAUUUACUUUUUAUACAUCACAUUGUAUGUGCUUCAUCCAUGUUUAUUUUCUGGAUGUGCUCGUAGUUUGAUGGCUGCUUUUAGCAGAAAACAUUGAUUAAUCAAAUUUGAUUGAAUUUCUAAUAUAUACACAUUAAUUACAUUAUUUGAGAUGAUGACAUUAAUUAUGUAAACUACAUUUUAUAUAUAGAUUUGCCUUAUUUUUCUGAUUAAUAAAGUAAAAUAUUGAGUGUUUAAUGGAUGUGGUCAUGUUAUGUGACACAAGUCAUGGUUUAGAUGUGUUAUUCGUCCAAUGUUUAACAUAUGUGUGUUAUUGGACCAUACUUGGGUCAGUGUAUUAUUGGAGCAAAGAGAUUAAGUCUGCAAUAGCUGUGAUGUUAUCAAUAACUUUCUACCCCUGAUUGUCAUUUUCAUAUUUUUUAUUUACCAAAAUUACUUCUGGACACACAGUGUCUUAAUUAUAGUUAGUUGAUUUCAUUUUUUUUAGUUUUUUAAAUCUGCCAGUUAGGAUAUUCAUGUCAAAUCAUAAUACAAUUUAGCAACUUAAUUUUUUAAAAUCUACUUUAAGUAUGCCAGGUAAAA